AUGGGGAUAAUAUCUACACUGAAGCCGCGAUCAAAUAAUGUUACUUGCAGCGAAUCAACCAAGCACACACGUGUUGAGUGGUCUAACCUGACUCAGAGUCAGAAAAAAGUCUACCUCACGGCUGUCCAAUGUCUCUUCAGCCUCCCUUCACAGACCGGCAUAGAUGGAACUGUCACAAGAUACGAUGACCUGAACGCAAUGCAUCAAGUGCAAACGAAAACAAUUCAUCGAGUGGGCCAAUUCCUUCCGUUUCAUCGACUCUAUGUGCAUGCUUACGAAAAGAUCCUAAGAGAGGAAUGUGGUUAUACUGGACCCACACCCUGGUGGGACGAAACCAAAGAUGCGGGAAAUUUCAGCAACUCCAGUAUCUUUGAUUCCAAAUCAGGAUUUGGUGGAGAUGGCGUCGGUUCCAACAAAUGUGUCGUGGACGGCCCUUUCGCAAAUAUAACGUUGCACAUAGGGCCGGGUACGAGCAACAAAGACCAUUGCUUGUCCAGGUUUAUAGAUGAAGGAAACAGCAGCUUAGCAAACACCACAUACGUGUCAAGCUGCCAGAGCCAAAGUACCUAUAUCGACUACUUAGACAAAAGCGCACUCACCACACACGGUGCUGGUCACGGCGGGGUCGGCGGUGUUAUGUACGAUAUCGACUCUAGCCCUGGAGACCCUCUUUUUUAUCUCCAUCACGCUUGGUAUGACCGUCUAUGGUGGAACUGGCAAAAGGCGGAUUUGCAGAACCGACUAUACCAAGUAGGAGGUUACACAACCCAAACCGAGCCAGCUGAUGGUUGGAAGAAUCUCACGCUUGACUAUACCUUGACAACAUACAAUAUUGUCCCUAACGUCACUGUUAGGGAAGUGAUGGAUAUACAAGGGGGCUAUCUGUGCUAUGAUUACGACUACUGA